AUGGGGCUUUUUUCCUUCCUCCGAUCCGUCUACGAUGUGUCGACUUUAGAUACGAGGUUUACCACGCCGUCAUCCGUUCCUUACAAGACGGUACUCGAGUCGAGACAUGAUCCCCUUGCGAAGGACUACACUGCUGGCGUCAAGGCCAAGGCCCAGCCGUCGAAAUGGAGGACUCCCGAGUUCUUGCUCUAUGGCCUCAUCUUCAUAGUGGUAGUGCCGAUGAUGAUAUGGAUUCCGUUCAGUGUCUCGAGACCAUCGCACCCGCAAUGGUACAAGUUCCGAACGGUACUAGAGACAGGAUGGGUUCCUGGUCGUCAGAUUGACAACUCCGACAUGCAAUACCGUACCUUCCGAAAGAAUCUCCCGUUCAUGGCCCUCCUCCUCAUCUUCCAUCCCCUUUGUCGCAAGGUCUGGAACCUCGUCUUCCCACUCCGAACGGACAGGUACGAAGGGAACCACAUUGCCGCGCAAGGCACCACUCGUCUGAACCAGCGCGCCUCGUUCGAUUUCGUCUUCGCCAUAGUGUUCUUGAUUGUCUUACACGGGUUCUCUGCGGUCAAAGUCCUCGCCAUCCUCAUUACCAACUACCAAUUAACAACGAAACUUCCACGAAAGUAUGUUCCGUGGGCGACAUGGAUUUUCAACAUUGGCAUUCUGUUUGCCAAUGAGCUUUGUGGAGGGUACCCUUUCAAGAAGAUUGCCGCCAUGAUCACCCCGCCAUCCGGCGAUAUUGACCUUGGCGCUGUCGACCCUUUGUUGGUUCAAUUGGGUGCUUGGUUGGAUAGGCGCAGCGGUCUUCUGACACGUUGGGAGGUGCUCUUCAACAUUACCAUUCUGCGCCUCAUUAGCUUCAACCUCGACAGGUAUUGGAGUCUCGACGCUGGGCAGUCGAGCGCUCUAGAAAAGAAGCAGUUGGACCCGUCCAAUCUCUCAGAGAGGGAUCGAGUCUCCAUCUCCGCCGAUCCUCAAGAUUACUCGUUCCGAAAUUACUUGGCUUACGCCGUCUAUGCCCCUCUAUACCUAGCUGGACCGAUCCUUACCUUUAAUGAAUACAUUUCCCAGUCUAAAUACCGCUCCGCGACGAUAGAUACGGCUCGAACCAUUCGUUACGGCUUCAGAUUUCUCGUCGUGCUCCUCACUAUGGAGCUCAUCCUCCACUUCAUUUACGUCGGAGCCAUCAGCCUCGCAUACCCCGUAUGGAGCGACUACACCGCCGCCGAGCUAUCACUCCUCUCCUACUUCAGCCUGAUGAUCAUCUGGCUCAAACUACUGCUCCCCUGGCGCCUCUUCCGGCUAUGGUCGCUCAUCGAUGGCAUCGAUCCGCCGGAGAACAUGGUGCGCUGCGUCAGCAACAACUUCAGCACUCUGCACUUCUGGCGAGCUUGGCACCGCUCCUACAACCGCUGGCUCAUCCGCUACAUCUACAUACCCCUCGGCGGCGCCAAGUUUACGAGCCUAAAACGCUCCGUGCGCUCCGUCGUCACGUACAUCCUCGUCUUCACCUUCGUCGCGCUGUGGCACGACAUCCAGCUGCGGCUUCUCAUCUGGGGCUGGCUCAUCGUGCUCUUCCUCAUCCCCGAGAUUAUCGCCACGAAACUAUUCCCGGCGAGUAAGUGGGAGGGCCGCGAGACGGCGUACAGGAUGCUGUGCUGCGUUGGCGGCGUGGUGAAUGUGCUUAUGAUGAUGUCGGCGAAUCUUGUUGGGUUUGCGGUAGGUCUGGAUGGGUUGAAGAGUAUCCUUUCUGGCAUUUUGCAGGAUCGGCAUGGCGUUAUGUUUUUGGUUACGGCUUGUACGGCGCUUUUUGUUGGCAUUCAAGUCAUGUUUGAGGUUCGCGAGUCAGAGAAGCGAAAGGGAAUCAACCUCCGGUGUUAG